AUGGCUAGCCUCAGCGACCCCAAGGGAACGGGCAUGGAGUCGCCCUCGGCCGCUGUGCCCCGAGCGCGCCAGCGGAGGAGCAGCAGCUCAAUAAACAACGCAACAGCAACAAUGCGUGUCAGCGUGUCCGGGGUUGUCAAUGUUAACGGGAAGGACAGCCAAGAGGCGGAGAAGAAUAGGCGGGAGAGUGCCGAGAACGCCCGGAAGCAGCGCCGCAAGAGCUCUUUGAUGCAGAUGGGGGUCGCAAGCACGGUGAUGAGGGCGGUGGCGUCGACGGUACUCAGGGACGAAGCCGCCGCGGCCGUGGAAGCUGCUGGCGACGUCAGCCCGGUAGAGAAGCUGCAGGUGCUGCUAACUAAGGCGAAGGAGAGGGGCAUGUCCGCGGAGAGACUUUUCGAGCACUUUGCGCCAGGUGGAGAGGCGUCCGUGACCCCGCUGAUGUUUGAGUCCGCGCUCCGCAAGCUGGGGCAGCGCGCGUUCGACCUCGACGAGAUGGAGCUGGAGCACCUGGUGACCGUCUUCGACACGGACGGGAACGGGACGGUAGAGCUCGACGAAUUCAUGACCUUCUGCCUCAGCAUCCCCUCCCUCCCCUGGAGGGCCGAGAAAGCCCGAAGACUAAACAACGCGGAGAGCAAAGACGAGCUCAACGUGGCUGCUCGAAAAAUCGCUAGACGCCGGUCCUCCCUGAGAGCGGUCCCCAUCGGGGAGCUAGUCCAUCAGGGCUCCCGUUUCUUUUGGAGGAGCAAGGAAACUAUCGACGUGGCCCUCCACCUCAACGCGGACGAGGGGUUGAUGACGAUCUCGACACGCUGCCCAGAGAGGGGCUACAACUACCCCGCCAUCUUCGUGGACGUCUCCAAGAUACCUGUGCACAAGACCGAAGCGGUGGCGAGGGCGAACGCCGUCGGGCAGUUUGAAUCGAUGAGCAAAGACGAGCGUCGAGAGGCAACAGACAAGGCCAUGACGGCGCUUCGGGUUGAGUACCUCCAGCACCGGUGGCGGAAGAGCGGCGGCUACAACUUCCACGGGUGGUGGGGCGGUGGUCAUCCCCGGCAGCACCACCAUGGUGCCGUGGACGACAAAGCCCGGCGAAAUGACGCCCCAGGAUAG